AUGCCUCAACACAAGCAACCUAAACUUGAACCACCUAAGAAGGUCUUUGUACAAGCUGGUGGGAAACCUUUGCAUAUGCAGGGUGUUACACAAGUCGAGGUUAAUAUUGGUGGACAUGUAGAGAAACUAGAGGUUAUUGUAGCUGAUAUUAUUUCUGAGGGGAUAUUAGAGACAGAUUAUCUAGCUGUUUCUAAGGCCAGAUUAGAUUAUGGGAAAUGUAAACUGACUUUUGAGAAAGAGAGUUCCAGAAAUGUCAAGAAUUGUACAGAACAGGAAGAAAAGCCUAAAGUAGAGCCUGAAAGAGACUCUUCACCCAUUUUACCAAAUGAAACUUCAGACUCCAAGAAAGCUGUCAAGACAUCACCCAAGAAGGAAGUGGAUGAAAAACCUUCCAGGAGGGAACGCAAACGUCCCAGACACUUGGAUGAUUUUGUGGCUGAGAUUUCUGAACAUAAUGAUGUGUACAACCAGCCUGGAACUAGCAGGGAUAGUCACCAGUCAAGAUCGUAUUCCAGAUUCGGGCAUGGUAGUGGAAUUCAUCCUGAGGAAGUCCGUAUUUAUAGACAUUACGGAUCUGAUAAGAGAUCAGGUUGUUACAGUUCUGGUCGUGAUAGAUCAAGGUCAGCUGAUUACAGACUUGGUUGGAGACCAGAUAAAUACAGUUACCGACAUUACCAAACAAGGACAUCAGAAUACCGAGAUGAUAGAGAUAGAUCCGAUUAUUGUGCUGAGGAAUUUCCCGAUUGAGACACAGAGCAUCAAAUGAGCUUAACAGGACAAACCGUACUCGUGAAGCAGACCUUCCAGACAGAUUCCCACGUCACAGAAGGUUUAGCAGGGAUCGUGAUUGGAGAUCCAGAUCCGGUGAGAGUAGGUGGAAGUCCAGGUCUCAAUCAUCCAGGAAACGCUACAAGAGAGAGUAAAUUCACAUGAGUAUAAUUUUAAAUAUGUGAAGUGAAACAUAGUUAGGUGUUAACUUGUUAGAUAUCUAGAUAACUUUGGAUAGUUAGAUAUUCAAGUAGUUAGAAACUUGAACAUUGUACUGAUAGUUAGUUAACCCCGGGGUUGAACAUAUUUGACAUGUUAAACAUUUUUGGCAAGUUAGAUAUUUUGUAAGUUUGAAGUUAGUUAGAAAGUACAUUUAUGUUUUAGUUUGGUACGAGGACGUACCAAUAUCUUGGUAGGGGGGAGUGUAACGGAAUUUUAAAUGUAAAAUUUUUGAUUUUU